CUGAUGUCCCCCUCCCACUACCGUUGUAAAUACUCUUUCGGUCCCCUCUCUUUUCUUUACUUCUCUCUCUCUCGCAUCCCAUCGCUUUCUUCACAUUUUUUGCAUCUUUAAUUUCUCUCUCGCAUCACUCCAUCCCCAUUGGGCGUAUUUAUUGCAUUCCCCCAAAUUCAUAUUUUAAAUUCUCCCCAGUGCCGUUGUGAUUGAUUCGUGGAGCAGCAGGGAAGUGAUUAUAUCUUCCAGUAGUGAUGGGAUCGCCGCGAACGGCGGAGUCCGGCAGCCGCUCCUCCGGCCGAGCGUCGGUGAUCGAUUCGAUCAGGGGCUGCACGCUGGCCGGAGCGCGUAUUCCCAAGGAGGAGCUGCGGCGGAGGAUCACGAUGCCGGAGUAUCUGAGGCUCGCCAUGAGGGUCGCGAUUCAGGCCAAGGACGUUGACUCCGCCAAGCAGCAUUUCGACGCCGCUCACGCCGAAGGAGCCCAGCAACCCGACCCGCCCGAGGGACUGAUAGAGAUAAAGAUAAAGGUUUUUGACCUUCAAGAUGUGAAGCCUCAUGAAUUUGUUCAACAUGGAUUGAGCUGCCUAGAGAAGUUUGCUGGUCUUGGAGACACGUGCGCCAAAGACAUUCGUGAAAAGUUGAAAAUUGUGGUAGCAGGUGGUGAUGGGACAGUUGGGUGGGUCCUCGGAUGUCUUGGAGAACUUCAUGCAUUAGGCCGAGAGCCCAUUCCACCAACAGGAGUAAUACCACUCGGUACUGGAAAUGACUUGUCCCGUAGUUUUGGUUGGGGAGGUUCAUUUCCUUUUAACUGGAGAUCAACAAUAAAGAGAGUCCUUGAUAGAGUUACCAGUGCACCACUUUGCCAUCUAGAUAGUUGGAAGCUUCUAAUCACAAUGCCAGCCGGAGAAAAAAUGGAGACACCUUACUCUUUGAAGUCUGCAGAAGAUUUAACUCUUGACCAGGAUCAGAGAAUUAAUGGGGCGUUUCCUGAGAAGCAAUCCUACUAUCAAGGAGUAUUUUAUAAUUACUUCAGCAUAGGAAUGGAUGCUCAGGUUGCUUAUGGUUUCCACCAUUUACGGAAUGAAAAGCCAUACCUUGCCCAAGGUCCUAUUUCAAACAAGUUGAUUUACUCAGGAUAUAGUUGCAAGCAGGGUUGGUUUUUCACUCCUUGUACUAGUGACCCUGGAUUAAGGGGAUUGAAAAACAUACUGCGUAUACAGAUUAAAAAGGCCAAUUGCUCAAACUGGGAACUAAUCCCUGUCCCAUCAAGUGUUCGGUCCAUUGUUGCUCUCAAUCUUCCAAGCUACGGAAGUGGAAGGAAUCCCUGGGGCCAUUUGAAGCCAGAUUAUUUGGAGAAGAGUGCGCACGCUCUUUUAUGUUUUUUUAUUUAUGUAUGUAUUUUAUUUAUUGUUGAAGGUGGUGAAAUUGGAGGUUGGCCACUNCAUGCUUCCAUGGUUAUGGUUGAACUCAUCUCUGCCAAACACAUAGCCCAGGCUUCGGCGAUCAGAUUUGAGUUGCGAGGGGGAGACUGGAAAGAAGCUUAUAUGCAGAUGGACGGCGAGCCAUGGAAACAACCAAUGGACAAAGAGUUUUCUACGUUCGUUGAGAUCAAGAAGGUACCCUUUCAAUCGUUAAUGCUCCGUGGGGAUUCCUAGAUCUUGUGUUGACAAGAAGAAAAAGAAAACCAAAGAAGGAACACUUGAAAAUAUUUCAAUGAACAGUUUAAUUGUGGAAGGAAGGCCUUACUUCAUCAUCCCAUUGUUCUUUUAACCAAUACAGCGGCCAACUAAAGUGUUAACUUGUGUCAAUAUAUCCAUCUAUCUGUUUGUACACUAAACGAAUCAUUUCUUUGGACAGAAAGAAUGUUAUGUAAUUGUGUACUCAAAGAUCCGUCUCACUUCUGAUAUUACAAAACAUUGGUAUCCUAUAAUUUAUUAUAUCAAAAUAUAUCUUGUGAAGAAGCUUGUUAUACUCAAUCUCUCUUUGUUCGGAAUUAAUUACUCGUAGUUGU